UGGGGAUGACCGACUCGACGAAACUCAAACUACGAGACGAUUUCGACCGUUACGGAGACUCCUACGAUUGCAACGUCAAAGAGCUCAUGCUGAAGAACAUCAUGGAAGACAUGAAUCUCGAAGCCACCAGCUAUGCAAACGCGUGGGCACCGGGGAAAAUAUUGCCGCAACUCCACGAGCGAUAUCAGAGAGCGUUCUGUAGGGAAUCAGGCUUCGGAUUCGCCGGCAAAACGUUUUUCUUGGCCACCGAAGUAGGAAUCCAUUGGAAACUUCGCAUCAUGGCCGCAGGGGGUGUCAUCACGGCUCAGAUGGAGGCGGCGGAUUUCGUGGUGGAAUGCUCGAAAAUGCGCGGGGGAGAUGACGAUCCCCAUGGAAGAUACAAAACACUUGGAUGGCUUGAGGAAAAUCUCGAGGCCUUCUGAUCGACUCCUCCUGGGAACCGAUACUCUGGGCAGGCGCCGCAUGAUUCCGAG